CUUAUUUUCACUUCACACACCCUUUUUUUACCUUAAGCAUAUCAGCCGAUCUGUGUCAUUGGCAACAAAGACAGGUUAAGAUGCGGCGCUGGGCCGCGCUUGCUUUCGCCUGCGUGGCGCUAUGGGCGCACGCGGCGAACGCAGCGCUUAUGUCCAUUGAUUUAGGCAGUGAAUUUCUCAAGGUUUGCCUUGUUAAACCCGGGCGGACGCCAAUUUCUGUUGCCGUGAAUGAAAUGAGCAAGCGCAAAUCACCCGCUCUAGUAGGCGUCGUUAACGGCGAACGACUAUUGGGAGAGGAGGCUUACUCGUUUGCAGUUCGCUAUCCAGAAACUAUUUUUCAGCGGGCCCGCGAUCUGCUAGGAAAAGACCCCGACGACCCGACGAUCGCAGCCAUGCUGAAAGAGCACAGCCUGCCCUACAAAGUGGUUGCCCAUCCUAAACGCGGAGUUGCCAGUAUUCAAAUUGGCGAUGACACUGUGUAUUCGCCCGAGGAGCUGGUGGGCUCCAUCCUCUACUACGCCCGCCAAAUCGCGGAGGCCCAGGCGGGUAGCCCCGUGCUGGACGCCGUGAUCACGGUGCCCGCCUUCUUCGGCCAGCGCCAGCGCCAGGCCCUGGCCGACGCCGCCAGCCUGGCCGGCCUCAACCUCAUGGGCCUCAUCAACACCCACACCGCCGCCGCGCUGCAGUACGGCAUCGAGCGCGACUUCACCAACCGCAGCCAAACCAUCAUCCUGUACGACAUGGGCAGCGGCACCACCGAGGUGGCGCUGGUCAAGUACAGCACCUACACAGUCAAGGAGGCGGGCAAACCGCGCACCUACAACCAGCUGGAGGUCAAGGAUGUCGACUGGGACGACUCGCUGGGCUCCAACCUGCUGGACAUGGCCCUGGCGCGGCACUUUGCGUCGGAGUUCAGCUCCAGGGAGGCCGCCCGGCCGGGUGGGGCGGCGGUGGACGUGUUGUCGCUGCCCAAGUCCAUGGCAAAGCUGCGGCGGCAGGUGCGGCGGACCAAGGAGAUGCUGUCCGCCAACUCCGCUGCGCCGUGUUCCGUGGAGGAGCUGUACGACGGUCGGGACUUCCAGAGCAGCAUCAGCCGGGAGGCGUUCGAGGGGCUGGCGGCGGACUUUUUCGGUCGCGCCACUGCGCCGCUGCGGCGGCUGCUGGAGCGGAACGGGCUGGCGGCGGGGGACAUUGACGCGGUGGAGCUGCUGGGCGGGGGCAGCCGGGUGCCGCGACUGCAGGCGGCGCUGUCGGAGGUGCUGGGAGGCCGGGGGCUGGACAGGCACCUGGACGCCGACGAGGCCGCCGUGCUGGGCGCCGGCCUGUUCGCCGCCAACCUGUCCACCAGCUUCCGGCUGCGCAAGUUCGGCAUGGUGGAUGUGAGCAUGUACGGCGUCAGCCUCAGCCUGGACAACGUGGUGCUGGGGGCGGCGGAGGAGGCGGGGGAGGCGGUGCGGGAGGAGGAGCCCCCCCUGUUGAAGCUGCGCAACCUGCUGCCCUACAUGAAGAAGCUGCCCUCCAAGCGCCUGGUCAAGCUGGAGCGGCUGGCGGCCGACCCGCUGCGAUUCUCGCUCGCAUACAACGGCUCCACCCCGCACGGCCUGCCGCCCGGGGUGCGCGAGGCGGCGCUGGCAGAAUGGGAGGUGACGGGGGUGGACGAGGUGGUGGGCAGGUACAACAGCAGCGGACAGGUGACCCUGCGGUUCGACGCGGACUACAGCGGGCUGCUGCGUCUGGACCGGGUGGAGGCGGUGGUGGAGUACGAGGUGAUGGAGGAGCGGGAGGUGGAGGAGGCGGUGGAGGCGGGGGCGGGAGGCGAGCAGCAGGAGAAGCAGCAGCAGGACAGCGCGGAGGGGGGCAAGGCCGAGCAGGAGGCAGACAAGGAUAAGGGCUCGAAUGCGGGCGAGUCGGAAGCCGAGGAGGAGAAUGGCAGUGGCGGCGAGGGUGGUGGUGAGGGCGAAGGCUCGGAGGCGGCCCAGCCCGGCAGCGAGGAGGCUGUCAAGACAGAGGAGGGCGCAUCCAAUACCACCGCCACUGCCAACACCACCACUAACACCACCGCCACCACCAUCAAGAGGCGCAUCCUGGUGCCCAAGACCAAGGUGGCAAAGGUGCCCCUCUCUGUGGGCGGUCGCGGCUGGCUGUCUCCCCCCCUCACCGCCGACCAGCUGGCUGCUUCCCGGGCAGUGCUGGCGGGCUGGGAGGAGGCGGAGGCGGUGAAGCGCGAGGUGGCGCGGGCGCGCAACGACCUGGAGAGCUACAUCAUCGCCAUGAAGGAGGCGCUGGAGACGGAUGAGCUGGUCAUGAAGGUCAGCACCGAGGCCCAGCGCGAGUCCUUCCACUCCCGCCUGGCUGCCGAGGAGGACUGGCUGUACAUGGAGGCGGAGGAGGGCGAGGGGCCGGAGCAGUUCAGGCGGCGGUUGAAGGCGCUGCAGGAAAUUGGGGAGCCCAUCAAGAGGAGGGCGGAGGAGCUGGAGUUGCGCCCCAAGCUGGUGGAGGGGCUGCGGUCGCAGGCGGGAUUGCGCCGGGCGCUCAUCGGCGCCUGGCCCGCCACCAAGCCCUGGAUCAGCGAGGCGGAGCAGCAGGAGGUGGACAAGCUGCUCUCCGACUUCGAGGCCGACCUGGCCGCCAAGCUGGCCGCCCAGGAGGGCCGACCCGAGCAUGAGGAGCCCGCCUUCACCGCCUCGGAGCUGGCGGCGGCGUGGGAGCGGUUCGAGAAGGCCUUCAACAAGGUCAACAACAAGAAGAAGCCCAAGCCGCCGCCGGAGGAGGCGAAGCCGGCAGCGGAGGGAGCUGGGGCGGAGGGCGCGGAGGGUGCUGGCAAGGGGGCGGAGAGCGGCUCGGAGGGCGACAAGGCGGGUGAGGCGGACCCAGGGGCGGCGGCGGGCGCGAAGGACGCUAACGGCGGCAG